AUGUUGGACAAGGAAACGACUUUAUACAGCAGCGUGCAACGGCAGACAUCGGAGACUGACUCAUACCAGCCAGCGCCGUCUGGCCAGUCUACAGCUCGGGACAGCACGUCCCCGAGAGCAUCCACGGGCCAGCAAGCUCGAGGCAGUGACGAUCCGCCGAAUGCCGCAACAGCUCAAUGGAAUCCGUUGUAUUACUCCAAUGGAACCCCGACUGCUGUCCUGACGGAACUGCUAGACGAUGUGUUUCGCUGUCUCGAUCCGCAGCAAACGGGGUACAUCCGACCCGAGACCUACUCGUCUUUCCUCACGGCCAUUGGAUGGCCCGAGACUCAGGAUUUGUGGAAGUUGGGCAUGAAACCCGGCAUCGGGCACACAGCCGAGGACGCCGGCGACAUGUUCUUCACAAACUUCCUGAGAGCUCUUGACAUUGAGCACACCUACACCAGACGCCAUGCGGGGCUCCUCAUCCCCGGCAGCCUUGGUAUGCCGUGGAUCACGGGUAGGGGCUUCAGAGACGUGUUUGUAUUCGAGUUUGCUGCCGAGCCGCUGCUUGCCCCCGCGUGCCUGAAUAGACUUGUCCGGGUGUACGGUCUGAGUCGGGGCCGCGGCUUGAUACCAAGAGAGUGCUGUCUGCAGAGAAAGCCGGCUGAGGUGGCGGAACGUGAGCGCGUAGCUGGCCAGAGGGCUCGCGCUGGGAACAUGGAGCUGCUGGAAGCUAUGCGUCUUCAUUGCGAGAUUUCCAAGAGGGGCAGAGAUAACGCGAAGGAGCUUUUGUCUCCGUAUUGGUAUACGACUCGGGCGUAUGGGGGUAGCUGGUAUAGUGACUUGAUCUGA